AUGUCUCAAAAACAGGUCGAUGCCCUGGUGGUAGGGGCCGGGUUCGGUGGAAUAUAUCAGCUGUAUCGUUUACGGCAAUUAAACUUGUCCGUAAGAGUGAUCGACACAGCCAGCGGCUCUGGUGGUACCUGGUACUGGAAUCGCUACCCUGGAGCGAUGAGUGAUACCGAGAGCUUCGUCUAUCGAUAUUCAUGGGAUAAAGAAGACCUCCAGAUUUAUCCUUGGACACACCACUACGUGAAGCAGGCUGAUGUCUUGGCUUAUCUAGAGCAUGUUGUUGAAAGACAUGACCUUGGGAAAUAUAUGCAAUUCAAUACUGAAUUACUUUCCGCUGAAUGGAACAGCACUACCAAUCGAUGGGACAUCAAGCUGAGUGACGGUGACACAUACAGUGUGCGAUAUCUUGUCACCGCAUUGGGUCUACUCUCGAAGGCCAACUAUCCAGAUAUAUCUGGGAUCAGCACCUUCAAGGGUCGAAUUUGCCACACAGCUGCAUGGCCCAAAGACUUGGAUCUCACCAACAAGCGUGUUGGCGUAAUAGGAUGCGGCUCAACUGGAGUACAGGUAAUUACCGACAUCGCCAAGGAUGUCAAAUCUUUGACAUGUUUUCAACGACAUCCACAGUAUACUGUGCCCAGCGGAGACCGGCCGGUUCAACCAGAGUACAGGAAGUGGGUGAAUCAAAAUUACGAUGAUAUCUUUGAUCAAGUGAAGAAUUCUGCCGUGGGAUUUGGAUUUGUCGAGUCUACCGUCCCUUUUGACACGGUCAAAUCACCUCAGCGUCGCGAAGAAAUCUUUGAAGAUCUUUGGAAACAAGGGAAUGGAUUUCGCUUCUUCUUCGGAGGGUUCUCCGACCUGGCGACGAACAGAGAGGGCAAUGAAGCAGCCUGCUCUUUCAUCCGCAACAAGAUAUCACAAAUUGUCAAGGAUCCGGAAAAGGCCAGAAAAUUGAGUCCGCAUGACUACUAUGCUCGUCGGCCUCUCUGCGAUGGAGGUUAUUUCGAGCAGUUCAAUCGACCGAAUGUCGAGGUCGUCCUGUUGACCGAGGACCCCAUUACGUCCAUCACCCCUGAAGGUAUCCAAACGAGCAGUGCGCUUCACGAACUGGACGUCAUUAUAUUCGCGACGGGCUUCGAUGCCAUCGAGGGGAACUACAACCGCGUGCGCAUUCGAGGCCGCAAUGGGAUGACGCUCAAGGAGAAGUGGGAUCCUGUUGGGCCAACGAGCUACCUUGGUGUCGCUGUGCCCAAUUUCCCGAAUUUGCUCAUGAUCACUGGCCCGCAGGGCCCCUUCUCCAACCUCCCACCCGCCAUCGAAGCCCACGUCGACCUCAUUAGCGGUCUCAUUGAUCGCGCAGAAGGCUUUCGAAGACGAUCACGGCCUGGCGACGUUAAUAAACCCAAACUCAUCGAGGCUCUCCCGGAGGCGGAAGAGGCGUGGAGUCGCGAAUGUGAGCAAGCGGCCGAGGGGAGCCUGUUCAAGGAGACCGCUUCGUGGAUCUUCGGUCAGAAUAUACCCGGUAAGAAGUACGCCAUCCGCUUUUAUUUCGGUGGCCUCAAGGCAUUCUACCAAGCGGUGCAGCGUGUUAUCGAUGGUGGGUAUACUGGCUUUGCCACAUUGGAGGAUAAAGUCGAGGACGAAGAGGCCAUCACAUUUGACAGCUCGAGUGGCCAGGAGUUAACCGCGCAUUUAUGA